AUGAUAUCGGCACUACUCGGAUUUGCUGGUUGGACAUUCGUGCCCAAUAUCGCUACCCGGCAUGCUUUAAAGAUCGUUCUUCAACUAUAUACACAACUUUCCGGUCGUCCAUCACCUGCCCCAGGUCAACAACUUUACAGUCAACUUUAUCGUUACACCUAUGCUACCGUUGUGCUUGCUUACCUGCUUUACAAUUUAAUUAAUGGCUCGAAUAAUAUGGCACCAAACUUCUACGAAAUCCUCGGAGUCUCACCCCUCGUCGACGAAAACGGACUAAAACUGGCCUUCAGGCAAUUCGCGAAGAGAUUUCAUCCUGACCGAGUGGGACCACAGGGAGCGGAACUUUUCAUGCAAACGAGAGAUGCAUUUGAGGCGUUGAAGAAUCCUACAAUAAGAUUUGCAUAUGAUAGAUUUGGACCCGAUGUACUGCAAUGGAGUAAAUUAAGCACAUCCCGUGAAUACCUACAUCACGGUCUACUUCAAGCUUCUGGAUACCAUUUAGCCACAGCGAUAGGCUUGCUGGUAUUCUCUGCUCUAGGUAAACAAAGUCCCGUCAAAUUUUGGCGCUAUCUUUUGUUCUUCGUUUUCUUUGGAUCUGAGUUGGCAUAUGUCCUAAAUCCCUCACCCUCUGCUGUCUCCGUAUUCUCAUUCGCGUUCUGGGAUCCAACUAACGGUGGCACUCGCCCAAAUCUGCUGCACAUCUUGUUCCCCCACCGAGUCGUCUAUCAACACAUUCUCUUCUUACAUCAAAUGUUUAUUUUCACAAGCAUCGCACUCACUCAAGUGGCACCACAACUAUUUCCUAAUAAUGAGCAAGAUGAACAACAGAAGUUUUUACAACAAAUCAGUAGUCUGGCUGCAUUCUGUGAUCGUGAAGGUAUUUUUUUCUUUCCGAAUGCAAAUUGUGUGCGGAGCUCAAUCCAUUUUUUGUAG